CACAUUCUCUCGCGCAUGCACGCCGCGAACCUCCUCCUCCUCCUGCUGCUGCUGCUGCAUCUCAGACUCCAGUCUCCGUGCGCUGUUGCCGCAGACCAUGGCACCUUGGCUCCAGCUUAGCUCUUUCUUCUUCGCUCUGAUCGCCUGCUUCAAGGCUCACCAGCUGGCUGGGGCUGCUGGAGGACAGAGCAGCAGGCGGGGGCCCGCGGCCGACGCGUGUGGUUGGAGGGUGCUGCCAUCAGUCAGCAAGAACAGUGGAAUGCUUAAUAUCACCUUUAAAUAUGACAAUUGCACUCCUUAUUUUAAUUCAGUGGGAAAACAUGUGAUUGGAGAUGUACAAAAUAUAACAAUUAGCCAGUAUGCAUGUUCUGAACAAGUUGCAGUUACAAUCCUUUGGACAGCAAAUCUACUUGGGAUUGAAUUCCUGAAAGGAUUUCGAGUAGUACUUGAAGAGUUAAAAUCAGAGGGAAGACAGUGUCAGCAAAUGGUUUUAAAAGACCCAAAGCAGCUCAACUCUGGUUUUAAAAGAACAGGAAUGGAAUCUCAGCCUUUCCUAAAUCUGAAAUUUGAAACUGAUUAUUUUGUAAAGAUUGUUCCUUUUCCUUCCAUUAAAAAUGAAAGUAAUUACCACCCAUUUUUCUUCAGAACUCGACCAUGUGAAUUGUUGCUACAGCCAGAAAACCUUGCCUGCAAACCCUUCUGGAAGCCCAGGAAUCUGAAUAUUACCCAACAAGGUUUUAACAUGCAAGUGUCUUUCGAUCAUGCACCUCACAACUUCGGCUUUAAAUAUUACUAUCUUCACUACAAACUUAAGGAUGAAGGAUCCUUUAAACAAAAGACCUGCAGACAAGAACAAAGCAUGGAUAUCACAAGUUGUGUUCUUCAGAAUGUAGCUCCAGGGGAUUACAUCAUUGAGCUGGUAGAUGACACCAACACAACAAGGAAAACAAUGCAAUAUGCACUAAAGCCAGUACAUUCCCCGUGGGCUGGACCAAUAAGGGCCAUUGCCAUUACUGUUCCUUUAGUUGUCAUCUCCGCAUUUGCAACGCUUUUCACAGUGAUGUGCCGUAAAAAACAACAAGAAAAUAUAUAUUCCCAUUUAGAUGAGGAAAGCUCAGAAUCUUCCACAUAUGCUGCAGCGCUCCAUGUGGAAAGGCUCCGUCCCCGACCAAAAGUGUUCAUCUGCUAUUCCAGUAAAGAUUGCCAGAAACACAUAAGUGUCGUUCAGUGCUUCGCUUAUUUUCUUCAGGACUUCUGUGGCUGUGAGGUUGCAUUGGAUUUAUGGGAAGACUUAAAAAAUUGUAAGGAAGGGCAGAAAGAAUGGCUUAUUCAAAAAAUCAGUGAGUCCCAAUUUAUCAUCAUUGUGUGUUCCAAAGGAAUGAAAUACUUUGUGGAAAAAAAGAACUGGAAGCACAAGGGAUCAACCAGAGAUGCUGAGAAAGGAGAACUCUUUCUGUUUGCCAUAUCUAUCAUUGCAGAGAAGCUGCGUCAGGCAAAGCAGAAUUCAAAUGACCUCUGCAAAUUCAUUGCAGUCUACUUUGACUACUCCUGUGAAGGUGACAUUCCUGGCAUUGUGGAUCUAAGUACAAAGUACAAGCUCAUGGAUAACCUUCCUCAGCUUUACUCUCAUUUACACUCCAGAGAUCUGAGCCUUCAGGAUUCCGAGUUGUACCCUGUAAAUAUUAGCAAAAGAAACUACUUCAGGAGCAAAUCUGGACGGUCCCUUUAUGUUGCCAUUUGCAAUAUGCACCAGUUCAUUGAUCAGGAGCCUGACUGGUUUGAGAAACAACUAAUUCCUUUUCCUCAACCUUCUUUACAUUACCAAAAGCCUAUGAUGGAAAAAUUUGACUCAGGCUUGGUUUUAAAUGACUUAGUGAGUAAACAGGUGACUGAUGGGGACUUCUACUUGAAAACAGAUAUAACUAUUAUCCCUGCUGUAAGUUCAGACUCUCACUGUAUAAUUCAGCACUUUAACCUUGGAGAAGAUGCAGAGACUCGGGACAUUCAAGAUGGUAGCUGUGUUCUUCAGCCAUUGUUGCAUGUUGUAAAAGCAGCCAAUCUUCCAGAUAUGCCCCGGGAUUCUGGAAUCUAUGAUUCUUCUGUUCCUUCAUCUGAAUUAUCUUUACCUUUAAUGGAAGGACUUUUGACAGACCAAACUGAAACCUCUUCCAUUACGGAGAGUGUCUCUUCAUCUUCAGGUUUAGGAGAAGAAGAACUCCCUGUGCUCACUGCUACAAAAUCCCUAGUCCCUGGAAUAUGUAAAGCAGAACUUCAUUGCCACAUCCAUACCAAUGAACUGGAGGCAAUUGCACCUUUAUAAUAAGUUACAAGAUUAUUAAGCAUUGCCACUUUAUCAAUAUGUUCCGUUUGUUGUUACCCACCACAUCACCCCAACUGCUAAACCCACUUGAAGGAACAAAUGCUUCUUUGAAGGAUAUCUGCUAUUGCUAAGGGACUUUGUGGCCAGUAGCUGUUUACCUGUAAUUCUUUUUAUAGACUCAUUUUUUUUGAAAAUGUAGCAUUGAAAGAGAUGAAGAUACACUUUUAAAUUACCAGUUUAAAUUGCAUGAUGAAAUUAUAUUCUUUACAGAUACCACAAUCAAAAUAACUUCUAAUAUUUUUAUUAGAAAUAUUUGUUACUGAACAUACAAUAAUUAAUCACAUUUGGCUUGGUUUGUCGACCAUCUUAAUGGCACAUUGUGUUUUCUAGCAGAAAUUCUGGUUUUAAAUGGUGAAAUAUUUAAUGGUAUGAGUGUGUUAGUAAAUAAUCAGUAGGGUUUUUGUGUCAGGAGUCAUGAUCUUAAAAUGCCAAAGGCCAGACCUAGUAAAAGUAUGAAAAUGACCUGCAAAUAUAGAAAUAAUUACAGAUGAUUUUUAUAGAUUGUGCCUUGUGUUGUACUAAAAGCAGAAUUCUUACUAUUGUCCUUGUCUUUGGAAAUUUAAAAAUACUUGGGUCAAAGGAGGUAGAAUAAUUUAAGAGAAAAUCCGGCUUCACGAUUUGCAGGUGUGGAGAACUGUCAGGUUUGUGCAGUUCCAUUGCAGAAGGGAGCAAAGACUGCCUGGACACCAGGCAAGAAGUUUGCAGCUGCUAUGCACAGCAAAGCUAAGCUCUAGAGGCAGGUGACUGGACAGGUCACAGCCUAUUACUUUGUGCAGAACUAAAGAUUUGGGUGAAUUCCUAGCUUCAUUUAAAUCAAUGGCAAAAUUAUUACUGUCCUCAGUGAGGCCAGGGCUUCACCCUUGACCUUUAGCAAUCAUUUUCAGAGAUGAAUUGAUGAAUAUGUUGCAAACUAACAUUAGUAUUUUCUUAUUUUGCUACACAGUCCAGCUAAUCUUAACCAGGUCUUGAAGUUAUAGAUAGUCUGGGGAGAUACCACAAUCAGAUUAAUUUUAGUCAAAUAUGUUUUUUUCCCAACAAGUAGUGGAUAGAAGCCUAAUUUGGGGCGGUGGAGGGCGGGGAGAAUUGAAGACAUAAGCUUUGUGUACAGACUGUAGAAAAUAGCAAAUCUCCAUGGAUUUUUAUUUUUAAUUAAAUGGAAGCAUAAAACUGAAAGAAAUACUGUUUAAUUUACUUUACAGUGAUUAUUUUACAAAGCUAGCCACUCUGAUUUUUAAAUUCAGAAAAAUUGCAUACAUAUGGGAAAUGAAGAUGGGGAAUUACUACUGAGUUUGCAAGAAUUCUGUUUUUCCCCUGAAGAGGUCAUGAGCAAAAGAUCUUGUAAAAAUAUUUUUAAAACCAAAUAUGUUGAUAUACAUUCCAGAGAUUAGUUUUCUACUAUUUUCAUGUGUUAGUAAAAUCCAGACAGAAUGUAAAUGGUGAAAGAAUCCCUUUUGUUACUACUAGACUCUACACAUUGGUUGAAAUGUGAUAAUUUUAUGUGUUUAUAAAAUAUAAAUUUUUUCUGAAGGUGAAAAAGUGAUAAGCUUAAGGAUGCAAGAUGUAGCUAUAUGUUCAACAUUUACAUCGAUAGGUUUAGUUUCCAUAUUUUGUACAUGUAUAUGAACUGUUGACAAUAGACACCUCCUGAUAUCUGAUUUUUAUGAUAGCAUAAUUUAGAAGUUAAAACCUCAAAAUAAAAAGUCAUAAGACAUG